UUCAAAACAAUGAAGUGUAAUUUAUAUAAUCACUUGAGUAUUGAAUGAUUUCCUUUACUACGUUUGUACUUGAUAUCGUAAUUUUAAAAAUUCACCUUUAAAAGGAAAGAACGUUUUGCAAUUGAAAUAAAAUUACAAUGCAUUCAACAAAGUUAUCAAGCUACAGCAAUUCAAGCGAUGACAGUGAUUUAGAUACAUUAAGGUCGGAUUCGACCUUUCUGCCUGUUUAUUCUCCGCUGAAGAAUUCGCUGGGGGAUCAUCAAAAAGAACUUGAAAGUUAUUUAAUGGGCGAUUACUCGAAAAAUGCCAAAAACGCGAGUUAUUGUGGAACCAAUGUUGAAAAUGAGUUUCCUAUGCUGACCGAAGAAGAAGCGAGCAAGCUCAUUAACUUGGCUGCAACAAUCCUUCAAGCUCAAAUUAGAGGAUUUUUAGUCCGUCGCAGAUUCAAUUUUAUAGAGUACAAGAGAUUAAAUGUUGCUGCUAUGAAAAUACAGGCUGCUUGGAGAGGUUAUUACUUUCGAAAGUACAGUGCAAGAGGAUUGAGUUUGAGGAAUGAGAUACGUGUGAAAAGAUUACAGAAAUAUAUAUGCACCUUGUGUAUGGUUAUUCAAAAAAAAAAUACAGAACAUGAAAAUGAAACUUCCAGACUCUUGGAAAUAAUUUCCCUACUCUGUUGUAAGCUUGAGAAAGUUACAGAAAAAGUUGACAAAUUUGACAUAGUUAACGACGAAGAGUGUAAACCAAAGAUGAAAUGUAAAGACUCAGAUGUGGAUCCUGUAUUUUAUCCUCAUCCUCGAUUCUCGAAAAUGUCAGAACUGAAUAAAAACACCAAUGACAUUUCCGGCCAAAGUUUUACCCAUAAUUCAGAGAUAGCUUUAACAAAGAGAAUGAAGAUGGAUGGCUUGAGACUUGACAGCACAUCUAGGAAAUGUGGUAAAAAUUCAAGCGACGAUAAACUCGAUGUUUUUGAUGCAGCGAAAACAGGAUUUCAUGGGAACAACGUGGAUAAUUCAAAAAAUCAUAAAGCGGAGGAGAUUGGGACAAUUGUGGAUAAGAGUUGGAUAAAGUUUGAUAAUACAGGUCCAGCGAAGGACAUGUCAGAAAUCUACGAGAGUUCUUUUGAUGUACAUGAGAACGAUACAUCAACUAUGGUGGUGGAUGUUGUCAAACAUGAUAAUAUAGACGAGAGUCAUGUGUUGAUAGAGGGGGAUAACGUGGAUAUGGAUGCAGGUAGCCCUGACGAAGGCAAUACACUCGAGGAUAAUGGUGAUUGUUUUGAGGAUACAAAAACAUUCCAAGAUUCAUCCGAUCAUCUUAAUUCUCAGUCUAGCAGCGGUAUUGCAGCAUUUACAGAGGAUAAUGAUGGAUCGAGCAUGAUAGAGUCCAAAGAAUUCGACGCGACGGUCGAUGUUUGUGAUUUGUUAAAAACUAUCGACACCGAUAGGAAAUUGCCAAAGGAUGAAACUGUAAUCCCAGAUGCAAAUGAAGAAAGUUUAGAGUCAAUGAAGAAUAGCGAAGGAUCUUCUAUUGAGCAAACGCUAAACAAGGAGAUGAAUGAAGAAAAUGCUGAAAGGAAUGAUGGAAGCCAUGUUGGCGAUGUUUCCAUGGUGAAAGAGGUAUCGGACAACGUCAUAGACGUCGUAAGCCUGAGUAAUAUCACUGAUAUUGAUAAAAUGUCCCGCAAGAAUGGGGACGUCGAUGUACCUAUAAGCAUCGUUGAGGAUCAAUUGAAAGAUGGCGAUAGCAAUGCUGAGUUUGUUUCAAUGCAGACUGAGGAUAUGGAAGGAUGUUUUGAGGGAAUUUGAGUAAAGUAGGAAAUAUUCAGUCUGAGAAUCAUUCAUUGGAUGGCCGUAUGAAGGAUAGUGAAAGCAGUAUAGAGAUGAUUGUAGGGAGCACUGAUGAUUACGUGAGGGACAUAGAGGAUGGUAGUGAUAAUCGUGAAAGUGAUAAUGUGUAUGAUGUGGUGCAAUCUGACGAUCAUUACAGCGAGGAUAGCGUAGCUGUAAUUGAGAUUGGCGAUAGAGUGAGCAAUAUGGAUAAUGUGGAGAAAGAUAUGGAAAGCAUUGAGGAUAAAA